AAAACCGCAAACCCCCAGCUAUCAAUCCACCCUUGUACAAUGCUGUUCAAGAAAGACCAACCCUUCCCGAUGAUGGAGACCACCGUUAGGUUGUGCAAGUUUAUUGGCCUGUGGCACGACACCGACCUCGGUAAGGUGUGCUGGCAGGCCGCCUUCACCCUGGCAAGUUUGACCUUUUGGUACAUCGUUCCGGAAAUUUGCUUCGUGACCCGCCAGGAUCGGGAACUGACCAUACGGUUGAAAGGUAUGAUUGAGAUAUUGGCCAUGUCGAUCUUCGUGGUACGUAUCGGUGCCCACGUGCUACAUCGGGGAACGCUGCAGAGGUGCUUCUGGGACGUGCAGGAAACGCUCGGUCAGUUCGUCGACAGUGACCAUGUGGAGGUACAGGAUAUGCUUGAACAUCUGGUCAAGUCGGCUAGCUUCAUCACCAAGGGUUACACCACGGCUUUGCUGUGUAAUGCCUCUUUGUAUGGAGAUAUUCCGGCACUGAUUGCCAUUGGACAGUAUCUGAUGGGAAUGGACAUCCAAACUUUUCCUCCCACGAUCUUGGAGGCCGAUUACGUCCUGUUUGACCAUCAGUCCAAUAUUCUGGUGUGGUUACCGGUUCUACUAGUAUCAAUCGCUACUCAAUACUCAAUGUUGACGUCUUUGGCCGCUAACGAGUGCCUGAAUUGGAACCUUUUGCAUCAUGUUUCGUGUCUGUUCAAAAUGGUCAAGUUUGAGAUCGCCCACUUGGGUGAGUGUUCCACCUCGGAUGAAUUUAAAAAACGACUGGCGAAAAUUGUUACCAUUCAUGACGCUGCUUACAGAAACGCAUCAUGCUUAGAGACAAUCUUGAGUCCUGUUAUGUUUAUUCUCUACUGUACUUUUGUGACGAAAGUGUGUGCCAUGAUGUUUUUGGUAACGAUUGUCGACGACUUUUUCAUAAUUGUGAUGAUGUUAUUCGUCACAUCUUAUCAAAUGUUUUUGGUUUUUUCAUUCUCAAUGCUUGGAACGGAACUUACGGAAGCGAGUUCCGCCAUUUCGGAGGCAAUCUAUCAAUGUGGCUGGACCGAGCGAACGCCAUCGGAGCAAAAACUGCUGAUGUUUAUGCAAAUGCGCUCGCAACGCCGGGUGGCCAUCACGGUUUGGAAAUUUUUUGCCCUUGGAAGGGCGUCGUUUUCUGUGGCUAUAAAAACUACAUUCCAGUACUUUACAAUUAUGAGGCAGUUGUACGAAAUUGAAGUAUAGAAAUGGAAGAGAUAACUCAUUUUUCAGGUCAGCUGUAAUCUCGGCUAAAGUCAAUGAUUCAUUAAUUUAAAUAGAAAAUCAAGGACAUUUGGGGUCCUCUGGAAUGCUUUA